AUGAAUAAUCCACAAAUACCACGGACGAUAGUUCCUGCACAGCAGAAUCGUCAUAAUAAAACUCGAUUAUAUGCUCUUCGGUGUAUCGUGGGUACAUGGCUAGUAGGUUUAAUCAUGUUAAUACCUAUCAUUAUGGUUCGCGAUAAAAUAACAUCGCCAGAUGCAAAAAUAAUCAUGAAUGGGACGACAACGGUGAAUUCUUACAUUUCAACAACACGCACUCCUAUCGUUAGUACGAGUAACAAUUCAGUUACAUCGAUGACUAAUAAUACCAAUGUAACUAUCAGCCCUCCAGUUCAAAAGUGUAGAAACUUAACUUUUACUUCGUAUAUGUCGUAUGCAACUGGGACUAAGCCGUGGUCCAUAACUGCUGGUCGCCUGAAUGAUGAUAACUAUACAGAUUUGGUCGUUGCUAGUCGUGGUAGUCAUACGGUUGGUAUUUACUUUAAUAACGGCGAUGGAACAUUUCAAAAUCAAAAACUUAUAAUUAAUGGUUCACUGCCACAAUUUGUUAUUGUCAAAGACGUCAACAAUGAUCAGAAUAUAGAUAUUCUAGUUGCUGAGGGUGCAUCUGAUGCAAUAGGUGUUUCCUUGGGCAAUGGCUACGGUGGUUUUGCUGCCGAAGUUGACUAUUCAGUGGGUAUGUAUCCAUAUUGGAUCGAUUCUGGCGACUUGAAUGGCGAUCAGAACGUUGAUCUUGUCAUCGUUAAUGACUAUAAUUCUAAUGUCGAUAUCUUGAUUGGCGAUGGUCACGGACGUUUCGAUACCGGAUAUACUUAUUCUACUGCACAAUAUCCGGUCGCCGUAGCUAUCGAUGAUUUUAAUCAUGAUGCAAAUUUAGAUUUUGUAGUUACUGAGUAUUCUAGUAAUACGAUUAGUUUAUUUCUUGGCUAUGGCAAUUCAACGUUUCGAACACGGAGGCGAUUCUCCACGGGCAAUUCACCAUGGGGAAUAGCCAUUGCAGAUUUCAAUCGCGACACACAUAUAGAUGUAGUAGUAGCGAAUUAUGAUGAUGCAACAAUCAGCGUCUUAAUGAGCAAUGGAAAUGGAACAUUUCAACCUCAAGUUGUUUAUGCUACUGGUGAAUUACCAAUUUCGGUAUCGGUUGGUGAUCUUAAUGAGGAUACAAAUAUCGAUAUCGUUGUUGCUAAUUACAACAUGAACUUCGUCAGCAUAUUUCUCGGUUAUAGUAAUGGAAGUUUUGACAAUGGACUACGAUUGUACACUGACUGGUGGCCAACAUCAGUCACGACCAGUGACUUCAAUGACGAUGGUCAAUUGGAUAUCGCUACUGUGAGUGAAGGCAACCGAACGUUGAACGUUUUUUUAAAUAAUUGCUGA